AUGGAUCUAAAUCAGGAAACGGACCAGUUGACGUCUGAUUUCUACACUGACUUCACUACCAAACCCAACGUUGAUAGCAAUCAAAAGGUAGAUGGUUUUGCCGAAGACUUUGUUAUAACACCUGAUUCUGGCAAUCUAAAUCAAACUUUUGCUGCCCAGAAUUAUCGUCCGACGGAUGACGACUAUGCCCAGUUGUAUUCACAGUAUGGGAAGCCUCCCAUCAACAUAAGCACGGAAGGCAUUCAGCAGGAUAAUCUAGGUGAUAAUACUUUGUCAGAAUUUCAAUUAAACGACAUCAAUUUUGAUUUCAUUUUAAAAUCAGGGCAGCAGCAGCAACAACAACAACAGCCACAGCAGUCCCAGCAACAGCUACAGCAACAGGAAAACCUACUAUCGAAUAAUGUUAACAAUCCACAGCUCUUUGUGUCUGAUCAAGUGCCCAAUCCAUCACAGCAACAGGCCCAACAAUACUAUCAAUUACAGAACCAACAAGAUGAUUUCGAAAUCAGUGGGAAUUCAAAAGCUGGCACAUCAAGCAUGCCUGGAGCAUUUCUCCACCAAGAAGAUAAUAUGGAAGUGGAUGAAUCUCCGCCUUUCACUAUUGAGCUGGAUCUUUAUUUUGACCAGGGUCCAGACAAUAACUCAAUUAUUACUAGUAACAACUUGCAACCGCACCACGACAAUAGAUCAUCUAUAAUUAGCCAUAGUAAUCAUGCCGGGUAUCAUAGCAAUCAUUUAAAAAGCCCCAUGCAGAACAAUGACUUCAAUACCAGUCCCUUUGAUGAUACAUCAAGAGUUUCAUCCUAUCAAAACAUGCAAUACAUGGUAAAUAAUAACCUAGAUGGCCCGCAAGGUAUCAACCGACGUAGCUAUGUUGAUAACGAGAGUCAGAAGAUUAUGGGGAGGUUGAGAAAUGGAUCUAUAGACUCAUACUAUGCAGCCAAUGUUAUAAAUCAGCACUUGCAUCCUCAGCAGCAACUACCGCAACAGCCGCCGACGUCGCAGCAGCAACUUCAGUAUCAGCAACAUGCCAAUGCCCAGUAUAGUACACCAGCCCACCAUGAUAUGUCGCCACUAACAACAACUACAUCCAACACGCAUUCCAUAUCAUCGCUUCAUUCAGCACAACCAUCAUUUUUCUCAGCGCAACAGUUUUUUUCUCGAAAUUCAUUGGAUCAGCAGCAGCUGUUAUUAAACCGACCAUCACUGGAUAUAUAUGGCCGUCCUUCCAUGGAUAGUCAACAAUCGCAACAGCAGCAACAGCGGAAUCCCAGAUACUCCAGCUUUACCAAUUCGAUCUCCAAUAUGAUUCCGUUUAUGGGCGAUAGAAGCCAAUCUCAAAGAUCCCCUUCAGGCAAUUCGAUACAGCCUCUGUUGAAUGGUGAACCCACUGCAAAUCAAUCAAGGCAUCUAAUUCGUUCCAUAUUCAAGUCUAAUUCGGCUUUAAAUUCUACACAAAAUCCACUAGCCGAUGAUACAGAUAUCAGGGUCGAAAAUAGCGAUGAUGUGAAUAUGGAUGAAAUAUCGAAUCAGUUUCUAACCACACCUGCUGAUUCUGCUAAUUUGAUUAUAAACCCCGAGCUUGAGGCCGAAGUUGAACAACCAAAGAAGGCGAAGACAUCAAAGAGAAGCUUGUUUACGAGAUUCAAGUCCUCCAAGCAAGAUGAUGGUGAUGAUACUCCUAAAGUAGGAGAAAAGGAGCCUCUAUUGCAAGAAAAUGAAAGUUUGGAAACGGCAAAUGUUGGUUCUGGUCAAGCAUCCAGUGGAACCCCAUCUUUCAUGACUGGAGGAGCAAUCAAUUUGGAGAAUUCAACUUCAGAAUCUUCACAGACUGUUGCUGAACCUGAUUAUGCCGCAUUAUUUGAGAAUAUGGGUAAAAGAAAACCGAUUGGAUCAAGCUAUAGGAAACCAAAGAGGGAAAAAUCGAAAGAUGAUCAACCACAGGCACAGCAGAAUUCCAACAAUAAUGUAACAACAUCAUCGUUGUUUUUUGGUAAAAAUAAUCAAAAAGGUCGUGGCACAAGCAGCAAUAACUCAAUUAUGGAUAAUGCCAGUGCAACCAAUAUCAGUGUUAGCUCUUCCAAUGCGUCAUCAUCGUUAGUGGCUCAGAGCAUGGUUUUAAAUGAGAAUGAUGACCAAACAGUAACUUCUACAUCUACCCCACCGCCACCAACUUCGUCAUUGGCAAAUGCGUCUAAACGCAUAUUAGGAUCCAAGAUCAUGCUGAAAAACAGCAGAAAAUCCUCAUCAAAGGUUACCAAGAAGGAAAAAGAUAAGGAUAAGGAUAGAGACAUCAUUCCCCCGGACGAAGAACCAAUAAUUGCAUCUUUAGAUACCCCUGUAGCAACAAUGAUAUCAAAGGGAGUUGAAGUUGACGUUGACUUGGCAUCGUUGGAUUUACCACCAGAUACCAAGAUUUUCCCAACAUCAAUAAUCAAUUCCAAGAAUCGGACGCGUGGAAGAAAAGAGAAUAAAGAAGCCGAUUUAAAUGAUGAAUCCAAGAUCUAUUUGUGUAAUUACUGUUCACGAAGAUUUAAACGACACGAGCAUUUGAAACGUCAUUUUCGAUCAUUGCAUACUUUUGAAAAGCCAUUUGAUUGUCCUAAAUGUAACAAGAAGUUUAGUCGGUCGGAUAAUCUUCAACAACAUUUGAAAAUCCAUAAUACUGGUGAAGAUAAUGAGGGUGGUACUGCUAUCGAAGAAGAAGAAAAUGGCGGUGAUGGUGUUGUGUAG